UUUCUUUUUGUCGUGAAUUCUUUAGUAUGGGGCGCUUUUUGAUCGUGAUAUCUAACACAUUCAAUUACGACAGUAACGCUGUCUCGCAAUACGAAAAAGAAAAUUUUGAUUUAAAAACAUCUUUAUACUAGUAUACUUUAUACAAAUUGUUAGAACAAAGGUUUCCACUUAAUUUGCGCAUUCUACUUUCCAGGCGUAUCAGAACUGGGUAAAUUUAAAGCAAUCCUAAAUAUUUCUUUAUCACAGUGAUGUGAUCGUCCUGAAAAGGACGGGGUUUUCAACUCCUCGUCGUUACGGAUGGCCAGCUGCAGAUGGCGAGGGAUGAUUUUCGUUUUCUUGUUGGCACGGGCAGCAUUACCGGCCAAUUCCAACACUUCGGCAGCCAAGUACUCCAACACUGCCGCCAGAUAGACCGGUGCACCGGUAUCGACACGUUCGGCGUAGUUCCUCUUCCGAUGCAAACGAUGGAUUCUGCGCCAACUGGGAACUGCAGACCAGCACGGUUUGAGCGGGACUUUGCCUUGCCCUUAAUUGCUCCUCCUGCGUGCGUGUUUCCGCGUAAAAAUUCCACAAGAAGCUGUUAACAGCUAGAUAGCCAAUUCAGUAUUACUGACUGCCGCCGUACUAACCUCUCUUUUAUAUCGUCUCACUGUUUCCCGUUCUGCGAAGGGGAGGUCCGUACACUGCUACCAGUAUAAAAUGAAAUAUGAUGUGAGAAAUAGCGUCAUUUAAGUUAAACCAGCUACUCUGUACGUACACUCAACUGAAAACGAAUGUUCAUUCCACAUGAUAAAUCAUUCGACUGACAUUGGUCUUCAAACAUAUUAGUUUUAUCUGACGCAUCUAAAAAUAACGUGAAAAUAAAGUGAAAUUAAUCUUAUAUCAACGUGCUUCUUACGUGAUUCUCGCGAAGUCAUUUUUGUUUUGUGUUUUGACAAUCAUGUUUGUGUUACGUGAUUUUCCAGUAUGCAGAAAAACGAAACAAGAUGACUGGAACUAGUCGAGUUACUAACGAUUUGUUAAGUGAUUUGGAAUUCACGAGUGAUUUACUAGAAGUUUUUAGGAUCUAGCUACGAUAAAUAAACUAACUGCCUACUUGAAUAAUCUUAAACAAAAAUGUUAAUUUUCACGUUAAUUUCACGUUUUUUCACCAGGAGGAACCAAUUGGAAAUACGGUGCUAUUUAUGAUAUGAUAGAUGCUUGGAGGGAGCGAAAUCAAUCAGCUAUCGCGGAGGAAGUUAGACUGAGUGUAUGCAAGGAAAAACUGAUUAUUGCAAAUUCGAAGGAAAGUGAAAGUUCACCUCCACAAUCUUCUCUGUUCAAUCAAGGGGAAACUCAAGAGUCAAUCGGCUUGGACGCCGAGGAAAAUCAAGUUGUGUCAACGGAAGUUGAAUAUCAAUCUGCCGAAUUGAGCCUCCGAAUCACCCAGGAGAAUUGUCCCAAUUUCGCAGAUAUCAUAAACAAUCCGGUGCAAACAGUUCAAUGUACUUCUACUGCCGAGAAAGCCGAAUCGCGUUUGUGUUUGGAAAAUCGUAAUACAUCAAAUUAUUCAUUCGCUACGGGAGACGCAGCAGUUCCGCUAUCACCCAGUGUUUUAUUAGCGCUUCUGACCCAAACCAAGGAGGGGAAAGAAAUAACAAUAUGUGCUAAGGACGGAGAACUUUCAGAGGCUAAGCAGUUUCAACUAGCUGGUGUGAUCGCUCGUUAUCAUUUAGGUCAGUGUAAGAUCACUAAAAAAGAGCUCUUGGAGAAUUACGUUCGUGUUAUAACCACUCUUUUACCACACGAAAAGGCUGUAAAUUAUUACAUUCCUAGAAAUGGGGACCGAAAAAACUUCGUUGGCAAAGUUGCAAAUAAGAUAGGAAAUUUGAAGCAAAAAAAGCGGAAAUCUGAUGCAAAAGAGGAAGAACACAGGAAAAAAAUUAAGUGCAAAAAACCGAUUGAUACGUUGACAGAUCCAGAAGUGCAAGUUACAACUGAAUGGUCAAAAUUAAAUUCAGAGCCAUGGAGUACGGUACUGGAAAUGUGGCCCAAAGCGUUUGUAUGUCGUAAACAAUACCUCCGAUACAAAAAGCAGAUAAUGCAACUUUUUUUAUCGUUCGAGCACUACAAAUUGCGACCGGGAUAUCAAUUAUUCGAUAUUGAUUUUCAUCUUACUAACAUCGGUACACUAAGUGGAUUGGAAAGGCUGGCAAGUUUUAGAGCGGGAUUGAUUACCUAUGUAACGAAACAUGCUCAGGAUCCAUCGGCAGACAGUUUGAUUUCCGUUUCGAUUGAUAGUUCCUCAUCUGAAGAUACCAAACUCUGCACGCUUUUGCUUGGACUUAAUACAAUAUUACUAUCGAUAUCUGCAGGAUUGCAUUUCAAACCAACUAUUCUUGUAGCACAAGAGGAUACAAUUUUGUUCGUGCCGACAGAAUAACAAAUUCGUUCAAAAAUCCAAUCAGUUUAUGCAGUCUUAUGCUGAGCGUAAUCUACCGAUUGUACCGAAGCUCGUAUUUUUAGGAUCUAGCUACGAUCAACUUGAUGGGAGAUUCUUCGUAUGUUAUGACACUGUGUUAUAUGAACUACCUUCAGCGACAAGAUCUCUAGAUGUACUCAUAAAACUAACAGCAGCAUUGGAUCUACCAUAUUCAAAACUCUCCAAACUAGUUUGGCAUUUUUUGAGUUCGUACGUGUAUGAAAUAGAAAAACGAGAAACCUAUACCAGCAUAAAUAAACUAACUGCCUACUUGAAUAAUCUUAAACAAAAAUGUUAAUAAAGUGCAUGCUAUUCGAUUGCAGUGAAAGCUUCAUCAGCUGCGUCUCAUAUUUAGAUAAUCCAAAGAACCAUCUUGUCUGUCA